GUGCUACAACGUUUCCUCGUUCUAUCAGACCCAGAAUUUGAGAACAACCUAUUCACCAGUACACCAUCCGACUCACCAUCCACCAUAUUGACUAACCCAAUUUCGACUUCCACUCUCCCACAAUCCACCCCACCUGUUGAUACACCAACCAACACAUCCCAAAGUCCUAGCACGAUGGACACAAACCUCCACCCAAAUCCAACCUACAAGUACCCCAAUCCAGUCCCCAAAUGCCACACUAACCUCAGCCAAAACCACCUUCACCCUAACAUUGUCAGCCGACAUGGGCCAACCCAGCAACAUCCCAAUCACUUCCCAACCAAUCCCCCCCCCCCAACACACCAAAUCACCACCAUCACACCUCAACCACCUAUCAUGUCCACCAACACAAAUAACACAACUACCAUGUUCAAUAAACUUGUUGAACUCAAUCACCACAAGAAUGACCAUCAACAACAGUUGACCAUUCUCAACAAACACAUCACAAGCCACACCGCACAUGCUGGCCUCAAAAUCAGCAUGGCAUCCGGAACUGCAUGUCCCACCUCAGACAUCCUGCACCAACACCAUUCAGAGGAAUCAUCCAAAACUGAUGGGCAAAUCUCAUCACUUUCCACAAACCUAAACGACAAUCUUCCACAGGAGUUGUCUAGCACAAUCAUCCAUAUCGCAAGUACUCACAAACCACCAUCCAAAUGCAAAACAACACCAAAGUCAAACACCAAAGCACCCCAAAACCACAGCAACCACUCACAACCAACCAAUCACAUCCCGCAAAACCUGAAAACAAGCAGGUUUCUCAAAAUUGGCCCAUCACCAACAACACAGGGAACCAUCACCUGCCACCUCCAAACCACCAUUACUAGUACCACCUCCACCCAGCAACACUACACCAGCCAACAACCAGAAUACCAGCUCUAA